GAGAGUGAAUGCUUUCUUCGAACGCGCUCUCUCUCUACACUUCUUAUUCUCUCUCUCUCUCUCUACACACACACACACCUCUUCGUCUUCGUUAUCUCCUCUCACAGAGACUAUCUAUCACUGCAAGUGGAAGCAUCAAUUUAGGGAUCUGACGCCUUCCUGGAUUCUCGAUUGCUCCUUCGGCUCUCAGCUUUUCUCGAUUGAAAGCUGCUGAAAAAUCUGAUCUUUCAGCUACUUCUCUGAAUUGGUCAGACGCCACUAGGAUUAUAAAAAUGGCGUUUAAGUUGGGACUUCUUUUCAAUUGUUGACCUCUGUUGGGUCAACCGAGUAUGAUCUCUGAAGUGGUCAAAAGGAUACUUACUUUGUAGUGUUGAACAAAACAACAUCUUUUUUUAAAAGGAAAGAGUUAUAUAUAGUUUGCUGGGAAAGAUCAUGCCUUGGUGGAGUAAACAUUCAUCAAAAGAUGAAAAGAAGAAAUCUAGCAAGGAGAGUAUCAUCGAUGCGUUUAACCGGAAACUAGGGUUUGGGUCUGAGGAUAAGUCUAGUUUUCGAUCAAGAAAGUCACGUAGAAGACGUGAUGAGAUUGUCUCAGAAAGAGGAGCUAUAUCUAGACUACCAUCAAGAUCUCCAUCUCCUUCUACUAGGGUUUCACGCUGUCAGAGCUUUGCAGCAAGAUCUCCUGCUGUACCUCUUCCUCGUCCUGCUCUCCGUACUACUGUGACACGCAUUGAUUCUGGUUCACAGAGACCAGGUUCCAAUGCUAGUUUGCCACUUCCAAAGCCACAUGGUGGUGGUGUUUCCAAUGUGCCUGAUAAUAUCGGUGCUGAGGCUGAUUUUACCACUGCUUCUGUUUCUAGUGGAAGCUCUGUUGGUGACAAUCCAUCUGAUUCUAUUCUUAGUCCAUUGGCUUCUGAUUGUGAGAAUGGUAACAGAACAGCACUAAACAUUUCUUCAAGGGAACAGCCCAUGCAUAGUAACAAAAACUCAGCUGAGAUGUUCAAGCCUGUCCCAAAUAUGCCCAACAAAAACCGGAGACCUCUGGGGACACAUGUAAAGAAUCUACAAAUCCCAAAACGGGACCUAGUUCUCUGCAGUGCUCCAGAUAGCUUACUUUCUAGUCCUUCAAGGAGUCCAAUGAGAUCCUUUGUUCCAGAUCAGGUCUCAAACCAUGGGUUGUUGAUUGGCAAACCAUAUCCAGAUGUUUCCUUGCUUGGAUCUGGACAGUGCUCCAGCCCAGGUUCAGGUUACAACUCUGGUAACAAUUCCAUUGGUGGAGAUAUGUCUGCUCAGCUGUUUUGGCCUCAGAGCAGGUGUAGCCCUGAAUGUUCCCCUGUCCCUAGCCCAAGAAUGACGAGUCCUGGUCCUAGCUCAAGAAUACAAAGUGGUGCUGUUACACCUCUUCAUCCUCGAGCUGGAGGAUCAACCACUGGCUCUCCUACUAGACGGCUUGAUGAUAACAAACAACAAAGCCACCGUCUGCCUCUCCCCCCGUUAUUAAUAUCAAAUACUUUUCCGUUGUCUCCGACAUAUUCGGCAGCUACAUCGCCGUCUGUCCCACGUAGUCCAGCAAGGGCAGAGGCUACUGUAAGCCCUGGAUCACGAUGGAAAAAAGGGAGAUUGUUGGGGAUGGGCAGUUUUGGACAUGUGUAUCUUGGUUUCAACAGUGAAAGUGGUGAGAUGUGUGCAAUGAAAGAGGUUACUCUAUGCUCAGAUGAUGCAAAGUCAAGGGAGAGUGCGCAACAAUUGGGCCAGGAGAUUGCAGUUCUGAGCCGUUUAAGACACCCUAAUAUAGUGCAGUAUUAUGGCUCUGAAACCGUAGAUGACAAGUUGUAUAUAUAUCUGGAGUAUGUCUCUGGUGGUUCUAUCUAUAAGCUUCUUCAGGAGUACGGGCGGUUUGGUGAGAAUGCAAUCCGUAACUAUACACAACAAAUUUUAUCAGGGUUGGCGUACUUGCACGCUAAAAACACUGUUCAUAGGGACAUCAAAGGAGCAAAUAUAUUGGUGGAUCCUCAUGGACGGGUAAAAGUGGCUGAUUUCGGCAUGGCAAAACAUAUUACGGCUCAAUCUGGCCCUUUAUCAUUCAAGGGAAGCCCGUAUUGGAUGGCACCUGAGGUGAUACAGAACUCAACUGGCAGUAACCUUGCGGUCGACAUAUGGAGUCUAGGAUGUACUGUUUUAGAAAUGGCGACAACGAAACCUCCAUGGAGCCAGUAUGAAGGGGUUCCUGCAAUGUUCAAGAUUGGAAACAGCAAGGACCUUCCGGAUAUCCCUGAUCAUUUAUCUGAAGAGGGGAAGGAUUUUGUGAGAAAAUGCCUACAAAGAAACCCUGCAAAUCGUCCAACAGCUGCCAAGCUUUUAGAGCACGCUUUCGUUAGAAACGUGAUGCCGUUGGAAAGGCCUCUUGUGAGUUCCGAGUCUGCAGAAUCUAUGAAUGUAGCUUCAAGCACCAUGAGAUCACUGGAUAUUGGACACGCAAGGAGUCUUCCGUUAGACUCAGAAGAUACCAGCAAUUACCAGCAGAAAGGAUUGAAACCUGGCUUGGGAUUCAGUACAUCCCAGUCUCCUAGGAACAUGUCGUGCCCGAUUUCACCAGUCGGUAGUCCAAUCUUUCACUCGCAUUCGCCACACAUUAGUGGAAGAAGAUCUCCAUCCCCGAUAUCUAGUCCCCACGUUCUGUCCGGUUCAUCAACACCUUUAACUGCGGGCGGUGGAGCCAUUCCUUUCCAUCACCAAAGACAAACUACAAUCAACUUGUUGCAGGAAGGGAUAGGAUCAAGCAGAAGCCCGGGAAGUGCAGGAAACUUCUACAACAACAGUUAUUUUCAGGAGCCUAGGCAGCCUCGGAGUAGUCCAAGAACACCUCCUCACGUAUUUUGGGACAACAACGGUUCAAUCCAACCAGGGUAUAAUUGGAACAAGGACAAUCAACCAGUCCUGUCUGAUCAUGUGUCACAACAGCUAUUAAGCGAGCAUCUGAAACUGAAGUCCCUUAAUCUGAGACCCGGGUUUUCAACUCCUCCUGGUUCAACAAACAGAGGACCCUAA